UAGGAAAUUGAAUUCGAAAGAAUUUGACGUGGAUUUGAAGGGCAUUGUUAGUGAAUUAUUUAUGAGACAAACCAACGCAAAUACAGCUUGUUUCCCAGUAUGUUUAGGACCAACCGCAGUACGCACAUUUCCGUAUAUAAUUCAAACUAGAAGCUCAAUGGGAAAGGCGUGCUUCCUAGCAUCAGGUUAUCUUGGAGAGAUUUCAAAGAUUAUAUGGUGAACGUGAGGUGAUUUUUUAAGAAGGGCAAGAAGUACGUGUCAUUUAGAGUGCUUUUUUUGUUGUGUCGUAAGUUCUAACGUAAKUUCGCUGGCUCAUGGAUAUUUCACUGUGCUAUUUACAUAUCGGAAAAGACAUUUCAAACUGUGUCUUGAGAGCCAGGAUUCAUUUAUUGAUUUGGCAGUGAGACUUUGGUCAAUAUUGAAAAUAUUUCGAAGUUUUGGUUACAAGUUUCCUAACUUAACUGCAAAAUAUGGACAAUUUUUCUGUGUUGAAUAACACAACAACAUUAAACACCUUGAACGGACACGUUGUGGACUCUCGUUCGGUGACAGACAUCACAGUUGAGGCAACUCUUCUUGGAAUCAUAAUCUGCACUUCAAUAUUUGGAAAUCUUCUUAUAUUGACAGCAAUUUACCGAUUCCCAAGUCUCAGGACUAUAACCAACGCAUUUGUCGCUAAUCUAGCAGUGGCUGACUUACUACUGUCGUCCCUAGGCAUGCCUUUUACAAUGACCUCUUCAAUUACCUACACAUGGGUUUUUGGUAAUGUCAUGUGCAACAUACAAGGAGUUAUCAAUUCGCUAUUUUGCGAAGCAUCUAUUUUGACAUUAACAUUUGURAGUUUAGAGAGGUUCAUUGCUAUUAUUUAUCCAAUGAAAUACCAAACCUUAAUAACAUCGCGAUCUAUGAAGAUCUUGCUUUGUGUCAUAUGGGUACAGGCCCUCAUCUGUGCUACCUCGACUUUCUGGUUGUCGCGUUUUCGAUUUCUUGAGUUUGAGCAUAUUUGUACUGUUGAUUGGUCACAUCAACCGGUAUAUACACUUGUUUUCUCAAUUGUAUUCCUAUAUUUGCCUUUUCUAAUAAUGAUGAUAUUCUAUGUUUUAAUACUUAAAACUGCUUUGCAACAGAAACAAAAAAUAGCAGAUAUAACUGUAGGGGAAAUCGGUAAUGAUGCCUGCCUACGAAAACCAAGCAAGAAAACCAACUUGAUAAGUUUUAAAGAAAAACGAAAAGAGCACAAAGCUACAAUAAUGAUUGCAAUUGUGGUUGGAACAUUCUCAGUYUGUUGGUUUCCCCAUGCGAUUGGAGUGUAUUGCCUUACAUUUUCAAAUUGUAAAUGGGGAGAUUCGUUUUUCGUUGUAACAACAUGGUUGGCUAUGCUGAACAGCGCACUGAAUUCCGGCAUUUAUGGCCUUCUAAAUACACGUUUCAGAAGAGCCUUCAAAAGCGUURUAUGUUGUGGUCGAUAUACUGAUCAGGAUAUUAAUACAAUUGCCUUGGAAAAGUCGAAACGCUCACAAAUGAAAUAGAGCAUAAUUGUCUUAUUUAGAUAACUGACUUAUAAGAAAUCGAUGGAUAAGAAUCUCUUCAGUUUCAAUUCAAUUAUUUUUGUGUCCUACUCAUAGGUAAUACUAGUAAAUUAAGCAUUUAUUGAGAUAAAGCAAAUGUUCAUCUUGGUGAAUAUAUAUUCAGUACACCAAAAUGUUGAARUGCGUUUUCAGUUUAUAUAAUAUCUUCUAGUUAAUACUUAUUCUUAAGUGACAAACAGGCUGUAUAUGUUUAUGCAUACAUAGCAUKCAGGCUAAAUAUAGUGCGGAACCCUUCCCUUUUCGUCCCCUCUAGUCAUAUAUGAAUGUUUACUGUCAUCUAAUUGGGAAGUGCAUAAAAAAUGCGGAAAUUCAUUCUCGUAAACACACUUAGGCACAAGAAACCUAUAACAGCUGCAGUUAUUCCUGAAGUCCAAACGAAAACACGUAUGAGAGACUACACUAUAAUGUUAGAGCGUACACAAUUUUUAAGACGUUAAUAAACUGAUAAUUARSUUAUCGUCAGAUCACUUUUAUGCUACCAAUGUGACACGCCAAUAUCUUAAUUAGUCUUAAUUUUUAAUGUUCAAGACUUUUUGACGCAAAAAGAGAAGAGAUGAAAGAGAAAACAAUAAAGUCAUAAAGACAGUGACUGUCAUUUUUUUACGGUUGAAUACAGAGACGUCAAGAAUCCACACUUCCUGACCACUCACCAACAAGAGAUCUAGCUCUWAGCACGUUCUAUGGAAAAUAUAUGGUAUGUACUUCUAAGACAAUAGAUAAGUAGACUGAUGUAAAUGACUUCUAAUGCUAAGUGCAUCCUUGAUGAGUCACAUAACUGAAAAAUCGUUGUCAAGAAGCCUAUGAACAAAGGGGUUUUUCGAUACUUGCAAAUUACACUGUCUGCCUUACUCCUAAUUCCAAGAAACGUUGUACAUGCAUUACAAAUAUGAACCAAAUUUGGCUCAGUGGACAGUUCAGAUCAGUUUUGGACAGUGUUGAUGAAAUGAAAUACUUGUUUKCAAUUAUCUAUUAUUUAAAUAUAGUAUUUCCUCUUGCCUUCCCGUACUCCUUUCGGUUUUUAACUUUGAAAAUCUUUUAGAAACCGAAAACGUUUUCUCAAUAGCUUCAUUCAUGACAGCCGACAUGAUAGCUUUAGCGCGGUCUCUCGAGGUGCAAGCAUUUGAUGAAACGGUGAAUUAUGAGCGAUUGCGAAGCUUUAGACCAUACAUCCUUCCAUAACUGAUCAUUUUCAGCCAUUCCAAUGAGAUUCAAAAGAUAAAAGACCAGCGGCCAUGUUGGAUGAAUGACAAUAGAUACUUAUGAGAAAUCCCUCCAAGAUGGCCUCUCAUAACAUCAAUACAUGUAUCUGUAAAUUUUGAAAUUUGGGAAUGUAUUUUUUUAUUUCAAUGUUAAAAAAAUCUAAUUGUAUUAAACGAACUAGUAGA